UCAGUUGCUCCUAACCCUCCAGUCCCCUUUAGGUCUCUGUAGCUCCACGUCCGAGGGACUGCCCUCGCCGGAGCAGUAGGCUAUCACGGAUUCGCUGGCCGCCCCCCUCCCAAGGAAACACUGGCCAGAGGAGAGGCUCCGCCGCAUCGGCUGUAGUUCUCCUCGUUGUUUUAUUAGUCUGGUUUGGGUGAACUGCAGCCGCCAUGGCCGAUGAAGGCAUGGAUGAACGGUCCCCGCUGCUAUCAGCACCGAACUCCGGGAAUGUCACGCCGUCGGGACUGCCUUCGUACCUGCAGGACACGAGCCCGAGAGCUGAACUACCUCCCCCCUACACAGCCAUCACCAGUCCCGACCCAGGGGGGGUACCCGUCAUCAACUGCUGUGUGUGCCAGUCUCUCAUUAACCUGGAUGGCAAGCUGCAGCAGCACGUGGUGAAGUGUACUGUGUGCAACGAGGCCACGCCCAUCAAAAACCCACCGACUGGGAAGAAGUAUGUACGGUGUCCCUGCAACUGUCUUCUCAUCUGCAAAGACUCAUCUAGGAGGAUAGGAUGUCCCAGACCCAACUGCAGACGCAUCAUCAACCUGAGCCCGGUGAUGGUGAUUCCAGAGGAGCAGCCGGCCCAGCCAGCCCUGCCAGUCCAGCCUGAGGGCACGAGGGUGGUCUGUGGCCACUGUGGAAACGCCUUCCUGGGUAACGAGGACUCUGCCACGGCCCCUUCUGGUCUGGCUCUCCAUGACAACAACACCUCUACAGACCAGGUCCCUAAUGGUGACACCCUACGCCAGCAUCGCAGACAACAAAAAGAGAAGAUGGUGUGGAUGGAGCUCCGAUUUAACACGCUAGCAAAAUGCCCUCACUGCAAAAAAAUAUCGUCUGUGGGUAGUGCUCUUCCAAGGAGGCGUUGUUGUGCCUACAUCACUGUGGGAAUGAUCUGCAUCUUUAUCGGAGUGGGAUUAACAGUGGGCACUCAGGACUUUGCCAGUCGUUACCAUGCCACGUAUGUGUCCUGGGCGUUCUCCUACCUCCUGGGUCUGAUCUGUCUGAUACGAGCUUGUUACUGGGGAGCCAUCAAAGUCAGCUAUCCAGAGAACAGCUUUUCCUAGACAGACAGACAGACAGACAGACAGACAGACAGACAGACAGACAGACAGACAGACAGACAGACAGACACUAGUGGCCAUUGUACUGUAAAUCUCCCUUUUUGUUGUUAAUGUUGUUAUUAUUCAGAUUCUGACAGUUCCAAGGUCAGUCUUAGUCCGGUCACUCCUGGUCCAAGAGAAAACAGAAAUCCAUCCCUGGUUUUGCAAGUAACUCUUAAAUCUUUAAAAAUAUUUAAGAUCAGUAAUUAAGAUAUUAAUUGGUUUGGAUAAAUCAUAGUGUGUGAUUUUAAGUCAUUGAUAUUGAAAUGAAGAAACUUGACUUUGGUAAAUGUGAUGAUUUUCAAAGAAAGCCAGGUGGCUGGAUCGGGUCUCCUGGAUCAGGUCCUGGUACUGACUGACUGGCUGACUGAUGGACAAUGGUAGCCAUUUUACGUACUGCAUUUUCUUACCAACCAGAAUAACUUUUAUUAAGACAUUUUUUGCUACAAUUAUAUGCAAUAAUUCUGUUGGGUUGCUGCUAGUUACCCCAGCUCCGAAAGCUGUUGCUCCCCUCUCUCUAUCUCUUUCUCUCUCUGUCUCUCUCUCUCUCUGUCUCUCUCUCUCUCUCUCUCUC